ACUCCAGUGCUGGUCGAAAGAAGGGUUUUUCAGUUUUAAAGCCCUUCAUCGUCCCAAUCUGCUUCAGAGAGAAACAAGAGAGAGAACUGUGGGAUUAGGAAACAAGUAGAGAAUGGAGGGCAUCACUGAGGGAGUUAACAAUAUCAACAUCACGGAUUCUUUGUCCAUCAAGCGGAAUCGCAUCCAAGUCUCUAACACCAAAAAGCCCCUCUUUUUCUACGUCAAUCUCGCCAAGAGGUACAUGCAGCAACACAAUGAGGUGGAACUGUCUGCGCUGGGAAUGGCUAUUGCCACGGUGGUUACUAUUGCUGAGAUUUUGAAGAACAAUGAACUGGCUGUUGAGAAGAGGAUCGUGACUUCCACUGUUGACAUGAGAGAGGAUGCUGGAGGGCAGCCCAUUCAAAAGGCAAAGAUUGAAAUAUUGCUAGGAAAGUCGGAGAAAUUUGAUGAGUUGAUGGCUGCUGCUCAAGAGGAAGCCUUAGAUUACGAGGAGCAGAACUGAAGUGAAUUGUAGCUUGCAACUAUGUGUUUCUUAGAUUGGUUUUGUUUAGCAAAGUUAACCAGCUUUCAUCAUAUUUCUUUUAGGAAUUUUUGUAAACUAUAUCCUGGCUAUAAAAAAUUCAAAUUCGUUUCUUAGUUAA